GGACACGAUACUACAGCUGCUGCAAUGAACUGGGCUCUGCAUCUUCUUGGCUCCCAUCCUGAGGCGCAACAAAAAGUUCAACAAGAGCUGCAGGAGGUGUUUGGUUCAUCUAGUCGACCCAUGACCACAGAAGACCUGAAGAAGCUCAAGUACCUGGACUGCGUGAUUAAAGAGUCUCUGCGACUGUUUCCCUCUGUGCCUUUCUUUGCUCGAAGUCUCUGCGACGACUGCCUUAUCAGUGGUUUCAAGAUUCCUAAAGGUGCAAAUGCGAUCGUAAUCACCUACGCUCUUCACCGUGACCCUCGAUACUUCCCUGAGCCUGAGGAGUUCAGGCCAGAGCGUUUUUUUCCUGAGAAUUCAGUUGGAAGACCCCCGUAUGCAUAUGUCCCUUUCUCAGCUGGACUCCGCAACUGUAUAGGUCAGCGUUUCGCACUGAUGGAGGAAAAGGUGGUUCUGGCRUCCAUCCUGCGUAACUUCAGCGUCGAAGCUUGUCAGGAACGCGAGGAGCUUAAUCCAGUCGGAGAGCUCAUCCUGCGACCGGAGCAGGGUAUUCGAAUCAAACUGGAGAAGAGGAUGUCUUUGUGAAAGUCCCUCUUACCAAGAAGCUUUUAGGGGAGUUAGUUAGUCAAAAUCAAGAUUAUCACCCAUUAUACAAGAGAAAAAAUAAUCCAGUGCUAGUUUGAGGUAAAUGCUGCUGAUUGUUUCAACACACACAUAAAAAACAUUUAGCAGAGAAAUGAAUGAAAAUAUUGUUUUAAACACGACAUUUAUGCUCUGUUAUUAAAACAUAAAACUGAUCAAUAAUUUGGUCAAAACCAUAUUAAACAUAAUUUAUAAAYUGCUAAAAACAUAUAAGAUGUUUUAGAAUUUUUGUGUCUGUCAAAUUCCUUAUCAGAAGGAAAUAAAUAAGACUGAUUUUUAAGAAUGUUCAAUAUAUGUACUUAACCUUCUCAUGUAAUGUAAUGUUUUGUCAUCAGCCUUUAAAUGUAUUCUUAAAUCUUCUCAGAGGUGUGGAAGAGGCCUUAUAAAUAUUUUUAGACAAUUAUUUCAUAAUUUUAGCUCAGUUGUCAUUUUUUGCCUCUUUCUGAAACAAAUAAAGCAAAACAAAAACAUGGAAAGAAGUAAAAUAUAAAGGAAUUCAUGUCACCCA